UUGGAAGCCAAAUCUGUAAAUCUUGAAGUAUAAAGAAAAUAAAUUUGUUCGUCUAUACACAUUGACAAUCAUGGCGAGCACGUCGAGAAGUGAAGCAAAUAAGGUUGUAUGCUAUGCUCACCCUGAUGCACCGCUCAUCGAAGAUUACAGGGCUGGUGACAUGAUAUGUUCGGAAUGCGGUCUCGUCGUUGGAGAUAGAGUUAUAGAUGUCGGAUCAGAAUGGCGUACAUUUAGCAAUGAGAAAUCAGGAGUUGAUCCCUCCCGUGUUGGUGGUCCAGAAAACCCCUUACUGUCUGGUGGCGACUUGUCCACAAUCAUCGGACCAGGCCGAGGAGAUGCAUCAUUUGACAGUUUUGGUGUAUCUAAAUAUCAGAACCGGAGGAAUAUCAGUAGUACAGACAGAGCCCUCAUAAAUGCAUUCAGAGAAAUAAACACAAUGGCAGAUCGAAUCAAUUUACCAAAGACCAUUGUUGAUAGAGCUAACAACUUGUUCAAACAGGUACAUGAUGGCAAGAAUUUGAAAGGACGAGCCAAUGACGCCAUUGCAUCUGCCUGUCUUUACAUCGCUUGUCGCCAAGAAGGCGUACCACGUACCUUCAAAGAGAUAUGCGCAGUCAGCAAAAUAAGCAAAAAGGAAAUUGGACGAUGUUUCAAACUUAUCCUAAAAGCUUUGGAAACUUCUGUGGAUCUUAUCACAACUGCAGAUUUCAUGUCUCGGUUCUGUUCGAAUCUUAGUCUUCCGAACUCGGUACAGAGGGCAGCAACGCACAUCGCGAGGAAAGCUGGGGAGCUGGACAUAGUGUCUGGCCGCAGUCCGAUUUCGGUCGCCGCCGCUGCCAUUUAUAUGGCUUCACAAGCAUCAGACGAUAAACGCAGUCAAAAAGAGAUCGGUGACAUCGCCGGCGUUGCAGAUGUAACCAUCCGGCAGUCUUACAAGCUUAUGUACCCAUUCGCAGCCAAGUUGUUCCCUGAAGACUUCAAGUUUGCUAUACCCAUCGAGUCUCUACCACAAAUGUAAAUAUGAUCUGCAAAAAAGAGCUCACAACUCGGAAUUAAAAGGGGUAAUUGUCCUAUAUGUAUUAUCUGUUAGUUGCUAGGCAUUUGUUUAUUGUAAGUUAUGUAGGUAUUAAGAUUGUUUUUUUAAUGAAUAGUAAUGAAAUGGAGCACCUCCUCGUUAAUGGUUUAUCCUGGCGUGUACCAGUGUUGACCUAAUAUGACUUUGGUAGUAAUGGGACUUCCAGCGUCCAUUACUAACAAUUCACUGCUCCUAUUUAUUAGGGUGCAAAUAUUAACUUUUUUUAAGUAUGUUACCACACGACCGACGGUAGCGGAUUCGAGUCCCGCACAAUACGAUCACUUGUAUUCAUGAGUAUGACUGAGGAUUUUUAUUAUGUAUAUUAUGUAGGUAUUUACAAAAUAAUCUAUUUAAGUAUUUCUAUCAGUAGUUUAGUACAUCCUACAUUAUUAUUAUUGGUUAAGUGUUUAUGGGAUGUACUGUUGUAUUAUUUAAUUUCUAAACUCUUAUAUGUAUAUAUACGGAAAGGUUUUUUACCUAUGUAUGUACAUAAAAUAAAGUACCCAUAUAUUUUAUAUACCUGAGUGUAUAAGUGCUAUGUAUGGCUAAAUGACAGAUUAAAAGAAACCUUGUAUUCCAUGUCUUGUAUGACAUAUAUAGAUUAUGACCUAGAUAAUUUGUUGAACAAAAUAGUUGAUAGAUUUAGUGUAAGAAUAACCAAAUUUUUUAUAAAAGAAGGUGAAUUG